ACACAAGUAAUCGAUUUCGUAUUCCUCUAGGAGAUUCCUAAUAUAACGAGCGCUUGUAAUAUGGAGUCGCAAAAUUCUCUAUUUUUUAUCGCGGUUCUUGUUUUUCUAGUUGAUUUAUCCGUAGAGCAUUCUGAACACAGCUUUGGUGGACGCACACAUAGUGACCAGGAUGAUCAUAUCGCCUUCCUUGGAGAGAAGAUGGCCAAAGAAUUUGACAAACUUUCCCCUCAAGAGUCCAGGAGACGGCUCAGAAUGCUAGUGCCCCGUAUUGAUAUCAACAAAGACGGCUUCGUAGAGGAGGCUGAGUUGGAGAUCUGGGUUCGACAUAAGAUGCAGAAGUGGACCGUUGAUGAGGACGUGGACGCCAUAUUCAGAGACCUGGACAUGAAUAACAAUGACAAGGUCACGUGGAAGGAGUAUAUGACUAGAACAUUUGGAUUUACUGAGGAGGACAUGCACAUUAAAUGGGAAAGAUCAAAUCUGGAAAAGUAUGUCUUGUUUGAUAAGAAGAAAUGGCGGUACAGUGACCAAGACAAAGAUGGUAUGCUAAACAGGCAGGAGUACGAAUAUUUUCACCAUCCAAAAGAACAUGAAAUCAUGUUGCCCUAUAUUGCUGUGGAAAUACUCGAUCGAUAUGAUAAGGACGAAGAUGGUCGCCUAUCUUUGGACGAAUAUUUGGCCUACAUCGAUAUGCCAGCAUUCAAUACCCUGUACAUAGCGGACUUCAAUGAAAAAUACGACGUCGACCACGAUGGAUUCCUUAACCUGAAAGAAAUGGAAGAAUGGAGAAGGCCGAAAAACUUUAACAAAGCGCUGGGAGAGGCUCAGCAUUUAAUAGAGUAUGCAGACAUGAAUAAGGAUGGAAAACUAACAGCAGAUGAGUUUGUCACAAGUCAUGAGAUCUUUGCCGGAAGCUACGUCACACAGUUUGGUCAAACAUAUCACGACGAGUUUUAAUCCAGUACUUUUGGGCAAAUGUGCUCAGUUUAUUAGCUCUGUCGAUGCAUGUAAAAGCAUUUAAUCUGCUGUAUAUAGAAAUUUAGUUUAAUCGACGCAACUUCACUCAAUUUUUUGAAGUUUUAAACAUUAGGUAUUGAGUCCAUUUUUCAAUUGACCCCAGUUAUAUGUUGUCGUACAAAGUUGCAUCAUGGUUUACCGAUCAAAUUCAAUCUUAAAACGGCUGGUUUCCUUUUAACAGUGGAGAGAGUGUAGUUUCAGGAGCUCGUGGCUCUGUAAUAUUUUUAAUGUUCCCUCCCCUUCAUUGGCAGUUAACUGGGAUUCAAUUUUCAAUUGCCUCCUCCCAUCCUUUAUACUCUGGUGCAUAUAAGUAAACCUCACUGUCGAGCAGCAGUUUCCCCCCUCCUCCCUUCCGUGAAAAACCUCGUUUCGGUAGGGAAUCAGAUUGCAAUAAUCAGCUUUGUUACACGAUUCAAUAAACGAACGUACAUCGUGA